UCAGGCAGCCCGGGGAGCAGGCAGCCGGGGGAGCAAGCUCCGCGGAGCCAGAGCCAGGACUCCGAGGGCCCGAACUUUUCUUGGGGGACGGCGUGGGCACGGUGCCAGCUUCACCCACCUUUGAGCUUCAGGUCCUGACCCUCUCUCCUGGAGGCCACCCACGCCAGCCACCCCAGGAGGGCAGAACAAACUUUCUUAGGGGAAACCACCUCUGCCGCCCGCCGUGCUGGCCGGACAGGGAGGAGCAGACGUCCGGACGGACAGAUGAGCAGAUGGACAGCGCGCCUGCGAGCCUGCCCUCCCAGUCCCCACUCUGAAGGCCCCUGCAGAGCGGGCAGCCAGGGGGCCUAGGUCUCCGCCAGGGGCAGCCAGGGGCCCUGCUGGACCUUGGUCUACCAGCCAGUGACCUCUGAGGGCGGGUGGCUCCCUGGAAGCCGCGUCCCAGGGCCCAGCCCCGUGGGCCAGGACAGGAGUCCCCAUCAGACAGAGCCACAGGCUCUUCUCCCCACCGAGGCCACGGGGAACCUGAGUGAAAAGGCACAGGCGGCAGGUGGACAGGCGCGGGGCCCCGAGGCCAACCGGCUGCUGACCCUGGAGCGCUCUGGCUCGGGCACCCCUGCCCAGGCUGGGGACGAUGUGGCCGAGGCCCCCAGCAGCCACCCCUGCCCGGUCCUGGAACUCCCUCCAGCCUGGCCUCUGGGCUGUGGAGCAGAAGAUGGGCCAGCCUUCUGCUUCGUGUGCUUCCACAGGGAGGAGGAGGAGGAGAUGCUGAAAGAGGUCCCACCACAGAGGCCGCCAAACAUCAGCAUCCGACAAUGCUCCUUUCUAACACCCAGGUCGUGCCUUUGCACACGCUGCUCUCUCUGGUCGGAAUCCCCUUUCUUCUCUUCUCUCUGGGAGAAGAUGAGCGUGGGCUGUCCAGAGCCUGAGCCACCCCGCUCCCUGCCUUGCUGUGGGCCGGGGACUGCCCCUGGGCUGGGUGCAGGGGUGCCCCUCCUCACUGAAGACAUGCAGGCACUGACGCUCCGCACCCUGGCUGCCAGUGAUGUCACCAAGCACUACGAACUCGUCCGGGAGCUAGGCAAGGGCACCUAUGGGAAGGUCGACCUCGUGGCCUACAAGGGCACAGGCACGAAAAUGGCGCUGAAGUUUGUGAACAAGAGCAAGACCAAGCUGAAGAACUUCCUGCGGGAGGUGAGCAUCACCAACAGCCUCUCCUCCAGCCCCUUCAUCAUCAAGGUCUUUGACGUGGUUUUUGAGACGGAGGACUGCUACGUGUUCGCCCAAGAGUAUGCGCCUGCAGGGGACCUGUUCGACAUCAUUCCCCCUCAGGUGGGGCUCCCCGAGGACACGGUGAAGCGCUGCGUGCAGCAGCUGGGGCUGGCGCUGGACUUCAUGCACGGGAGGCAGCUGGUGCACCGCGACAUCAAGCCCGAGAACGUGCUGCUGUUCGACCGCGAGUGCCGCCGCGUGAAGCUGGCCGACUUCGGCAUGACGCGCCGCGUGGGCUGCCGCGUGAAGCGGGUCAGCGGCACCAUCCCGUACACGGCGCCCGAGGUGUGCCAGGCGGGCCGCGCCGACGGCUUCGCGGUGGACACGGGCGUGGACGUGUGGGCCUUCGGCGUGCUCAUCUUCUGCGUGCUCACCGGCAACUUCCCGUGGGAGGCGGCGUCGGGCGCCGACGCCUUCUUCGAGGAGUUCGUGCGCUGGCAGCGGGGCCGCCUGCCGGGGCUGCCGUCGCAGUGGCGCCGCUUCACCGAGCCCGCGCUGCGCAUGUUCCAGCGCCUGCUGGCCCUGGAGCCCGAGCGCCGCGGGCCGGCCAAGGAGGUCUUCCGCUUCCUCAAGCACGAGCUCACGUCCGAGCUGCGGCGCCGGCCCUCGCACCGCACGCGCAAGCCCGCCGGGGACCGCCCGCCCGCCGCCGGGCCGCUGCGCCUCGAGGCGCCCGGGCCGCUCAAGCGGACGGUGCUGACCGAGAGCGGCAGCGGCUCCCGGCCCGCGCCCCCUGCCGUUGGGCCCGCGCCCGCGCCCGCGCCCAUGCCCGUGCCCGUGCCCGAGGCCGGCCUGGCGCCCCCGGGGCCCCCCGGCAGGACCGACGGCCGCCCGGACAAGAGCAAAGGGCAGGUGGUGCUGGCCACGGCCAUCGAGAUCUGCGUCUGAGCCGCCCCCGCCGUGCUCGCACCAGGCCGGGCCCGCGCUGAGCCGGGGCGGAUGGGGGGGAUGCGAAUCCGACCGCCCCCCGCCCCCCACCCCCGCGGCGGCGGGGGGGAGUAGCGCUAGGCUGGGCGGGGUUGCGGGCCCGGGCGCCCGGUUCGCGGCGGGCUGCGGAGAUAGCCACCAAAAGACCUCUUGCCCCGCCUGUGGGGCGGGGGCUUGGGUCACAGGAGCCGAGCCCCGCAGACCAGAGGAUUCAGAUGCACCCCUGACACCCGGAGCGAGGGAGCUUGCGGGCAGACUCCCCUCCCCAAAACACACACACACACACCUCCCCUAACCCUGGAACCCUGACUAGUUGCUCCUAGCCCUUUGCACCCCCUGGCCGAUCAUCCCGCAGCCCCACCCCUGGUCCUCCCUCCUGGCCGCCCCCCCGCCCCCCCCCACACCCGGGCACAGAAGGGGACGGAAGUGUUGGGGCAGAGAAGGGGCUACUUAGGGCCCUCGGAUGCUGGCUAGGGGGAGGGCGACGAGCUGAGGGCAGGGGUGUUGCUCAGCUGCGCCCUGUCCCUUUCCUGGGAGGCUAUAGGGGAGAGGACAAGCCCUCUGCAAAAUGUAGCAAAUGUCUGGAUGUGGCAAAAUGUGUGUGUGUGUGUGUGUGUGUGUGUGUGCCCACGCAGGUACAAGCCCGAAGAAUCUAGUAACCCCCACAACCCAUUCCCCCAAGAUGAGGACACUGAGCCCCGAAAGAGCACAACUUGCCCUGAGCUGCAGGGACCCUGAGAGGUGGAGCUCUAGAAACCCUUCCCCGCCUCCCCAUGAAUUGUCCCGAAAACUCGCCAAGGGAAGGGCUGCCAGGGUCGCGCCCCGGCAUCCCCAGGGCGACGGGUGUGAGUGCAAAGCCCAGGGCCGGCCCAGCUCCCCAGCUGGCUGCACCUUCCCCAACCGGGGAACCUCAGAUCCCCUCGAUCCUGGCUCCCGGAGCCCAGACACAGAGGUGAUCUGUGCCAGGAAUUUCCCUGGGUUUCUGCUGGGGACCGGCAUGUCAGCUCUGGGCUGCCCCCAACCCCACGUCUCCCAGCUUCCUGGUACUGGAGUGGGCCGCUCUGGGUGUGAGGAUGCUGUGGGAAUGAGGGUGGGGGUCCAUGGAAACGCGAGGGGGGUGAGUGUGAAUAGGUGUGUGUGUGCGGCGUGAGUGUGAGUCGAGUGCCCACGUUUGCGUGUAGUCUCCUGUGUUCAGCGAUGGCAUCCAGACGCCUCCGAAACUCCGCCCGGCCCCAGGGUCCUCCUCAGGCAGUUGCCAGCGGGUGUCCAGGCCCGUGCUUCACCACGCGCCCCUCAGGGAAUCUGGCCGGGAGGCACCCGCAUAUGGGUUCAGGCCCCGAGGCAGCAAAACAGGAACCCAACCUCACCCAGUGUUCCCUCAUGACCCCUGCGCUCGCUGUGGAGGCCCGGGACCCCGCAAUAACCUCGACAUGGGUGAGGCCGCUCCUUCUGCCUGGCAGGGGCCCCUCGGCCAUCCCGGGCCACACCUGCCAGGGUCCUACCGGGGCUCCAGGCCAUUGGAGGGGGCUCUCCGAGGAGCCCGGCUGACCAUAGAGGGCCCAACCACCCUCUGGCCUGGAGCCCCCACCUCUCUCCGCUCAUCCCUCAUUCCCACCGCGCAAAAGGGCUAUAGGUCCCCCUGCCCUGCCUGGGUCCAGUUUACAAACAGCGUGCGGUUUGCCCCAGGGCCUGGCCCCGCCCUCCUCGGUGUGCCCGUCCCUCCGGAGGCCCUCCUCUGCCCUGGGCCCUGGGGCCCUCCACGCGCCAGGUAAGUAGCAAUCCCUCCUCCCACCAAGGGCCACAUUUCAGAGAAGGGCCCCCCCAUCACUGCCCCCGGCCCACCUGGAGCCCAUCCGGGCCACCUCUCUCUCCCAGCCGCGACUUCUCCUUUUGCCUUAGGCCUCUCGACAUCCUGUCUCUCCUGCAAUAACACGGACGCAAGAUUCCAAGUAGAUGUCCCUCGCCGUGCGCCCUCUCUCUCUCUUUCUCUGUUAAGAUCCUAUUUGGGAGUUUCUCCCUCGUCGUAGUAUCUAGAAUGUUAGAGCUGGAAAGGGGACUGUAGUUCUGUAGCCCAGCCCCGGUGUUCAGAGGCACAGGGAGGGGCAGCGACCGCUUGACACCGGAGCGGAACCUGGCCAGGCCCGCUCCCUCGCCGUCGGGGACCUGCUGCGCUGUCACCGCCACCUCUGCUUCUUGGGUUGGGACCCUUUGCCUCUUAGGAGAGGUGUUGGUCACUGAUGUUUACCUCAGUUUAUGUCACUGUCGAAGAAACAAAUAGCAAAAAAUAACACCGUAGACACGAAGACUUAGCAGACAACACUCAAAAAAAUCUUCCUCUUUCAAUUCUUCUGUGAAGCUGUGUGUAUGUGUGUGCGUGUGUGUGUGUGUCUCUCUCUCUCUUUCUCUCUCUCUGUCCCACCCUGGGCAGGCUGGGUCAUCCCCGAUCUCUGUCCCAGCCCCUGUGCCCCCCACACUGCCCCUGUCCUUCGGUGCUUCCCAGAGGCCCCUCUGAGCUGGCCUGCGGGGUGUGGGGAGCCCCCUGGGCGGGAGGCAGGGCCACAGGUUAUCUAGAGGGCCUCCCAUCAGGCCCACUGAGAGAGGCCCAAGGCUGCCAACACUCCCUGAGCCUGUGCCGUGGCUGGUGGGACAGUCGUGGUGACUAGCAUCAGCAUCCAAGCCUGGCUCAGGGCCUGGGCAGAACCCCAGCUCCCGAGCCCCAACCCCUCAUGUCUUGCCACUGCCCCCCCCCACCAUGUGUUUGUAAAUACUCUGGCAUCCUUUGGCCCCGAGAAGGUUUUUAAAUGUGUUAUUUACUUCUCUAAUCAUGACAAUUGCUAUAAAAUAAAGUCUAGAA